AUGUCUGCUGAACAACAAGUUCUCAAGCUUACGACUAGCUCAGAUGCUGUGGAUCACGCACAAUUGGAAUCUCUUUUUAAUCAACUCAAGCCCAUCAGCUCGGAAUUUUUGCUUGGUGAAUGGAAUGGUGGUAUCUUCAACGACGCACAUCCAUCAGGUGAAGCCCUCCGCCAAAUCAAUUGGGCUGGCAAGACAUUUCAUUCCAUCGAACAAGUACAACCUGUGAUCCUGCAUGGUGAGAAACCUGGAGAACGUGUUUGGUGUGAAGAAUACGGCCUUGCUCGUAUCCGCCAAAUCGAAUUUCGUGGUGUGGUAUCUGCUGCCAUGGUAUAUGAUGACAAGCCAAUCAUUGAUUACUUUCGCUUGGUGGAUGAGCAAACUGUCAUGGGUACAAUGGACUUUCGCUCAGAGGCUGUACCUGAAGCUGGCCAAUCUGCCGACAUGUUUUACUUUUAUUUGACUCGUGUUAAGAAGCAAAAGAAUGAUUAA